CGCAGUGGAGCGGCGGUCGGACAGCGCGGUUGAGCGUCGAAGACGAGGAGGAGGCGGCGAGAGAGCGGCGGCGGCGGGAGCGGGAGAAGCAGCUGAGGUCCCAGGCAGAAGAGGGCUUGAAUGGCACCGGCUCCUGCUCAGAGAGUGUGGGUCCAGCACAGGAAAACCACUAUGACUUUAAGCCGUCCGGGACUUCGGAGCUGGAGGAGGAUGAGGGGUUCAGCGACUGGUCCCAGAAGCUCGAGCAGCGCAGACAGAGGUCUCCACGACAGUCAUAUGAAGAAGAGGAUAGUGGUGUGAGGGAAGCUGAAGUCAAACUGGAGCAGAUCCAGCUGGACCGGGAAAGCCUGGAAGAGAUCCAUGAGGAGAAUGUGGUUAUCCAGGAGGAAGAGAGGCUGUGCCAGGAGGAAGAACAGGUCCAUGAGCAGGAGGAAGAAGAGAGAGCCGAGCAGGAGGAAAAGAAGAGAAGGAGAAAUGAAGAAGAAGAAGAAGAAACACCAGAAAAGCGGCAGAAGGCCCCAAGCCCUGCCAGCCUGGAGGAGGAGGAGCUGUGCUCUGACCACACUGCCGUGUGCUCCACCAAGAUCACAGACAGAACUGAGUCGCUGCACCGCUCAAUAAAGAAAAGUAACAGCAUAAAGAAGAGCCAGCCUCCCCUCCCUGUGUCAAAGAUCGAUGACAGGCUGGAGCAGUACACACAGGCCAUUGAGACAUCCACAAAGGCUCCAAAACCUGUCCGACAGCCCUCUCUUGACCUUCCCACCACGAGCAUGAUGGUAGCCAGCACAAAAAGCCUCUGGGAGACUGGAGAGGUGGCAACUCAGUCUGCGGUGAAGUCCCCGACCUGUAAGGAUAUUGUGGCUGGAGACAUUGUGAGUAAAAGAAGCCUUUGGGAACAGAAGGGCAAUCCCAAACCUGAGACCAACAUCAAGGCCACUACUUCUGGCAAAAAGUACAAAUUUGUUGCAACAGGCCAUGGCCAGUACAAGAAGGUGUUGAUAGACGAUGCUGCAGAGCAAUAGCACGCCUGGAGCACUCAUUAAGCAG